AUGAGUAACCACCACCACAAAGAUGGUGAUCCAGAAGACCCGUCGAACAAACGCAAUCCCAGUGUGACUUGGGAGCACAUCAAAAAUAUGCCGCGUCAAUCGUCCGUCAAUGAUGGAAAUUCGUCAAUGGACCCUGCGGCAUCGCUGGAAUCAUCCGCAAUGUCUUCGGCUGCUCCAGAAGGCGCGCCAUUGAGAGACUCGCUGCGCACAUUACCAGGCCACCUUGCGUCUGCCAGAAACAGAUUCAACAGGCAAGCUCGUCCACCCCGGAAUUUCAGCUGCGACGACGGUAGUGCUGAAAUUGCUGAGGAGGUCGCCCAGCAACCUCCGGGCCUGGGACCGUAUUCCCGCUCGUCAUCUGUGCUUUUGCGCGCCAAUUCGAUCCCAGAUAUCCCUCAAACUGUUCUGGAUGAGGACCCUGUAAAUGAGACAGCAAGUGUGGACUCUACAGAAUCCUUUUCGCUCCGAGACCGCCAGGAUGCUAUCAACUCUACACAUCCAUUCGGCAUUCGUAUUUGGAAACCGGCCCUCUAUAAAAAGAAGCGUAGUGUCGAAACAAAUGCUGAAGAGGAUAUACACUCGACGCCAGGUGCACUUGUACCUCUCUCGGUACGCGUGGGCAAUGUCGUUUGGUCAAUGACUUUUGGGCUGCUGCUCUUCUCAAUCUGCUUGGUUGGGUCCUCGCUAGUGCUACUGGCUAGUGCGGCUUCGGAAACGGGGAAACGAUAUGGUAGGCUGUUGUUCAAAUUGGGUCUGUUUUAUUUCUGGCCCUUUGGAAAGUAUAUUCAGCUGGUGCUCAAUGAAUCUUACCGAAGCGAAGACGAGGGCCACGGCCGCCCUGUUUCCGAUUACAUGGAAUGGCAACAAAACCACAUUACCAACAACAACCCUGGCUCAACCCGCCACUUGUUCUUUGCUCCGCAGCCUCGCCGGCUGAGCGAAGUCAAUCACGACCGCCGCCGUCCGUUUGGCCGCGGUGAAUGGUCCGCCGCACGUGUCGUUUAUUUUAUCUUUUUCUACGCAAUUCUUACUCCUGUCCAGGUUCUUAUUUCCGUGGCCUGUUGGUUGUCGGUUGUUGGUGUCCCAAUGGCGCGAGUUACUGCUCAGCUUCUUUAUGAUCUUCGCGUCCACCCGCUAGCCUUGCGUAUUCGACGCUCGACGUCGUUCACUGAGGAGGAAAAUGAUCCAAGAUUCGCGAUUGUACUGUGUACUUACCGUGCGUUUGGGCUCAAGUACUACAAGUACACUUUCCAUGGAAUGAACAUUAUUCUAAUCAAUAUGCUCACACUUGUUUUCAUUGUGAUUGGAGACUUUUAUUCGCUAAAAUUCCUUCCUGAUGCUAUACGCUUUGCUAUGAGCUUGCUCUCUAUCGUCCCUCUAGCCUACUUUAUUGGCCAGGCAGUGGCAUCAAUUUCCGCGCAGUCUAGCAUGUCAAUGGGUGCCACUAUUAAUGCAUUUUUCUCUACAGUGGUUGAGGUAUACCUUUAUUUGGUAGCGUUGAGAAGUGGCAAAGGUGAGCUGGUUGAGGGAUCGAUCAUUGGCUCCAUUAUGGCCGGUGUCUUGGUUAUGCCGGGCCUUAGUAUGUGUGCUGGUGCCUUGAAGAGGAAAACCCAGCGAUUCAAUCCCAACAGCACCGGUGCUACAGCUACUAUGCUAAUGUUCAGUAUUGUUGGCCUGCUCGCUCCCACGUUGUUUUACAGCAUCAAUGGCCGCACUCAGCUGGUUUGCGAACCUGCAGACUGCGUCCCCCCCCACGGAUGCCAGUGCUCGUCAUUCCGAGUGCCUGUGACUGCAUUCGAUGCACUGUAUGUCGAUGUGCUUCGCCCAUUAAGUAUUACAUGCUGUGUGGCGCUGUUCAUUUCAUACAUUGCAGGUCUCUUCUUUACUCUGAGAACCCAUGCAGCAAUGAUUUGGGCAACUGGCACUAUCGAUGAGGAUGAUAUUGCUGGCCAUGAUGCCCCUAACUGGAGUCGCAGCACUUCUUAUAUUAUCUUGCUUGCCGCAACGUUGCUCUAUGCAAUUAUUGCUGAAAUCUUAGUUGACAGCGUCGACUUUGUUCUCCAGCACGUGCACAUUUCCCAGCGGCUGCUGGGCAUUACCGUUUUCGCUUUGGUUCCUAACACGGCCGAGUUUUUGAACGCUAUUUCAUUUGCCAUCCUCGGCAAUGUCGCACUGAGUCUCGAAAUUGGGUCGGCCUACGCUCUGCAAGUCUGUUUGCUGCAGGUCCCUGCCGUGGUCAUUGCAAGCCUUGGCUACACUAAAUAUGCCACGGGCAACAUUUCAGAGUACGUCUUUACCAUGCUUUUUUCCACUUGGGACGUGUGGACGUCUAUCACCUGCAUUCUGCUCUACACCAAUGUGCACGCCGAGGGCAAGUCAAACUAUUUCAAGGGCUCCGUACUGUUGCUGGCCUACGCCGUUCUUGUAACUGGAUAUUACUUUGACGAUAUCAUUGAAGUUACUUUCGGUUCAGCGCCACGACUAGUUGUUCAGGCAUAA